AUGGACGUGUCAACAGGACCAGGAGCCCCUUUAAAUCUCUGUCUGUCGGAGGAUGGGCUAUAUGCCGCCCACGUGAGUGGCAAGGGCCUGGUUCUUCACUCGAAUGUAGCAUCGGAAAACAAAGAAGUACAGAUCGCAAGGAUCAAAGAGACUCCGCUGAAGUCACUCAAAUACUCCAAUGUGGAAAGAUCUCCUGUUGCAUCAGCUGAUGAGAGCGCCUCUCAGCGGCGACUCCUGUCCGCAAACGACAGCCGAGUCUCGGUCUGGCAGCUGACUCCCCUUGAAAUAUUCGCCGAGAUCGAAAAUCUCGAGCCAGGGUCAUUAGCCGCUGAUUUUGGCGCUGACGAGAAUGAAGUUCUCGUGUUUCAUGCAUGGAACACCAAACUUAGUGUCCACUCAUUGGAGACGGGGCGCAGCUCAGUCAUCAAAACACCAAAGUUUGCCCAUCAUUUCGGCUUUGGGUAUCGCCCACACACCAGGCAACUCGCCAUUUUGCUGAAACCAGAGACUUCGGAUCUACUUACCGUCCACGAGCCAUGGUCUUAUGAGCUCGUCAACAGGACCGUAGUUCCAACCAUUGAUGCACAAGGGUUAAAAUGGAGCCCGGAUGGGAAAUGGAUUGCUAUCUGGGAUAUCGCUAGUGCAGGCACAAAGGUUCUGAUAUUCACAGCGGACGGUCAACUUUUCAGGACGUAUUCCAGACCAUCUGGUGUGGACGAUGCCUUCGACCUCGGAGUGAAACAUAUCGAAUGGAGCCCUGCUACCAACCAGGGCCUUUCUGAAAUAUUGGCUGUGGGCAAAGUCAACGGCAAUAUUGACUUGCUCCGAACUCGAACGUUCUCUUCCGCAACAACACUCUCACAUGUCUUCCAAACAGACCAGCAAUGUUCCAAUAUUUGGCGCGAGCGAUACACCAGUGCGGCGGGGGACGCUGAAUAUGUAGAGACGUCCUCCUCAUCUGCAUGGAGCAUGAGCCCGGAGUCGGCAGGGCCGCCUCGGGGCGUCUUGACAAUGACCUUCAGCCCCGAUGGUCGUCUCCUUGCAACUGUUGACACUGCACGGCAGAACGUCGUUUGGAUUUGGUCACUAGAGGGCACCCCAACCCUCGCAUCGGCUCUAGUUCACGAGCAACCCGUUCGACAGGUUGCUUGGCAUCCUUCAACACCACAACUCUUGAUUAACACUAUCACGAAUACAUUGCCUGCUAUUCGAUGGUGGUCCCCACAGGAUCAUCCAUUGAUCGCCCGGGUUCCCAUUCAGAGGAACGAGAGUGGAAAAUAUGAUGUGAGGUGGGCUGCAGGGUCAGAUACAGACUCACUGUUCUGGUUUAGUUCACCAGAACAACAUGUUAUUGGAUAUUUGUCCACCCGUGACGGUGCUGUUGAAUUUGAGGCGAUGAACUCAGUGAGCAGUAAGAGUUUGUCUUGA